GCACGUUUUGACGGUAAUAGUCAUGCACAGAAGUUUCUCUUCAUGCUUUGAUGAUGGCCAGCAGUGUUGAAAGGUUGUGUUUUGUUCAGAAGUGUAUUCUGGCUCCCAUGGUGCGGGUGGGCACUCUUCCCAUGAGACUCCUGGCACUGGACUAUGGAGCACAUAUUGUGUACUGUGAGGAGCUGAUUGAUAUUAAAAUGGCCCAAUGUAAGCGAGUGGUAAAUGAUGUUUUGGAGACGGUUGAUUUCAUUGCUCCAGAUGAGCGUGUGAUGUUUCGCACCUGCAAUAAAGAGAAGGAUCGUGUUGUCUUUCAAAUGGGAACAGCUGAUCCAGACAGAGCUCUUGCUGUGGCCAAACUUAUAGAAAAUGAUGUGGCAGCGGUUGAUGUGAAUAUGGGCUGUCCAAAGGAAUACUCUACUAAGGGAGGAAUGGGUUCUGCACUUCUUUCUGAUCCAGAGAAAAUAGAAGCUAUCCUGAGCACUCUUGUGAAUGGAAUUUCAAAACCAGUAACGUGCAAAAUCAGGAUUCUCCCAACACUUGAGGACACAGUGAAUUUAGUGAAAAGAAUUGAAAGAACAGGAGUGGCGGCAAUAGCAGUGCAUGGCAGGAUGAAAGAGGAGAGACCGCGGCAUCCAGUUCACUGCGAUUAUAUCCAGGCCGUAGCUGAAAGUGUGUCCAUUCCAGUCAUUGCCAAUGGUGGCUCUUUGGAUUCAGUGAAGACAUUUGAUGACAUUGAAAAGUUUCGGGUUGCUACAGGGGCAUCAUCUGUAAUGCUUGCCCGGGCGGCCAUGUGGAAUCCAUCAAUCUUCCGGCAGCAGGGAGCGCUGUCUUUAGAAACUGUAAUGGAGGAAUAUAUCAAAUAUGCCGUUCGCUUUGACAAUAACCCAUUUAACACCAAAUACUGCUUAUGCCAGAUGCUCCGAGACAGAGUUGAGUCUACGUUUGGAAAACAGUUACAUGCAGCUCAGACAGUUGGCGAAAUCUGUGAGGUGUUUGGCAUGACCGAAUACUACAGUAAGACCACAGCUGAACUGGACGCUAGAAGAUCUUCCAUACAGGUCAACAUUGAUCAACCAUUAAGCCCUAAACUAGAGGACGACAUCAUCACAAUGCCAAUCCGCUUUGAGAGGCGAUUUUACCCACCUCAGAUCACUCCAAAGAUGUACCUGUUGGAAUGGAGUCGAAGGGAAAAGCUUGAUCAACCUGUGUAUGAGACGAAACAGCGAACUCAAGAUAGAGCGUUUCAAUCCACGCUUAUUGUGGCUGAUAUCAAGUACCGGUCUACACUGUGGGAAAAGUCAAAGAAGUCUGCAGAGCAAGCAGCGGCUAUUGUCUGCUUGCGCACACUUGGGCUUCCAGAGGGUCGAGAAGGAGAGGAGAACAGCGGGCUGGUGAACAAACGCAAGAGGAACGAUAAACAGUGUGCAGCAGUGGAGAACAAAGAGUCAACCUUCCGAAAGAGACACAUUACUGAACCGCCGCAACAAGAGGAAGAGGAAAUGAUAUGCAGGACCAAAGUUGUGAAUGGUGCUUGUGGUCAGACCACACAUUAACCUUGGGUAGACAUUGACUAUCUGAACUCACUAUAAAGACUUCUUAUGCCAUCAAAGCACAGUGGAGUAUUUUUGGACACACUGUAACGGCAUAUUUUGUCUGCUUUAUGCUUCUUCAAUUCGAAUGUUCCCUUGUCACAUGCCAUUGUUUUCCUGCAUAUUAAUGUUGAAUUUGUUGUAUGCCACUGUUUUAUGUGGGGGAAAGAACUAUUGUCUUGAAUUAGCUGUUUUUAAAUGGCAUAAUGACUUUCAGUUCUUCAUUAGAAGGCGGCUGAUGUGAAGAUCAAGGAGUAAACACAGAUGCAAUGACGUUAUACACUUCUUUUAUUUAAUAAUAUUUUAGGUUUUUCAUCCUCAUGGAUAUUAUUUGAAAUAAAAUGUUAGUUGUUUUCUAGAAA